AUGGAUUCGAUAUUAAAUCAACCUUCAAAUGUCACUUCCUUAACAAUUAAAUCAAUUGAUCCAUGCUCUUCCAUCAAUUCUGACCCUGGUAAUGACCAGGAAAAACAAAUUACAGUCUUCAUCGAGGGCCAUGACUACCUUAAGUUGUUCAAGGAGGAUCUUAGGCUAUCCCGAGACUCGGCAGAAAUUGCUUUGAAAAAGGUACACUUAAUUGCGCAUCAUCUCGGACCGGAGUUUUCCAAUGAAUUCCUGAUUCCUUUUCUCAUGGAAAUACAAACUUCACUCGAAGUUACACUCUUGCCGAUCAUGUGUGACUGUUGGUACCUUAUUUCAAAGUUCCUCUACGGACUCGAGAUCCUAAAGUCUAUAUUUAAAGGGCUGGAGUACCUCCUGAUCCAGGAAACAGGAAAAAUAAGAGUUAAAGCAACUGAGGUCGCCAUGAUGAUCAUAGACGACUUUGACAACAACGAUGUCCUUGAAGUAGAUUCUAGAUCGGAACUAGUAAAUGACGUCAUAUGUCCGAUGAUAAUAUCGUUUGUUGAGCAGGAUUGGUUCCCUGGGCCUACAUCAGCCUGUUACCUAAUACCGAGAGUAUACGCAUACGCAUCAGAAAAAUCGCAAACAGAAUUAAGAAGACUGUUCCCAAUUCUCUGUGAGUCGGAUUUCAUAACAGUGAAGCUGGCAGCAGGAAUUAACAUGAAGCAACUGAUACCACAAGUGCAGCUGGAUCACGCAAUAUCGAUGUUCUGGCUGGUGCUGAAAAACAUGUCAAUAGACAACGAAGAUAAAAUCAGAAAGUACGCAGUGGAAAGCUGCCUGGUAUUCGCAAAGCAGUGCACGUCGGAACAGAACUUGAAUUUUAACAUACCGAUACUGAAGUCAGCAUCAGAAGACGCGUCGUGGAUAGUGAGGCAGUACCUGGCGGAAAACUUCAUGACAAUAUAUCAAAUAUUCGAGGAAGCGGAAGUGAAGGAAAACCUGUUCGACUGCCACGUUAGCCUGUUGAACGACAACAACGACAGAGUAAAGUCGGCGUCGAUACAGUCCUUCUCGAAAUGGUCCGGAAUACUGUCCCAGGAACUGAUCGAGUUGUACGUGCCAGUGCUGGACACGCUGGCAAGAAAAUCCACGAAGGAGAUACGGAGAGGAGUGUGCAAGUCGCUGGGACAGUUCGCAAUGAAGCUGAACAAGAAGGAAGUGAUGAGCGUGUUGAGGCCGACACUGCAGUACCUGCUGGAGGACGAGUUCGUGGAAGUGCGCCUGUGCGUCGUCGAAAACAUACACCUCAUCUGCGACAGAGAAGAGUUCUACGGAGUCAUAGGAGAGCAGCUGAUAGAGACGAUAAACAUGUCAAUCGAAAACUCGGUGUGGAGAAACAGGCUGGUGAUAGCGGAGAGACUGACGAGCUUCUUCAGUCACUUCGGAGCGACCAUAUUUGAGCAGAACUUCCUUAACGUGCUCUUCAAGCUGCUGCUCGACGACGUCUGGAAGGUGCGCAACGCAGUACUGAACAGCCUCGAAAAGAUAUGCAACGAGUGCGGAAGCAUCUGGGCCGUUAAGUUUAUACUAUCAGAGCUGAAGUCGUUAUACUUAAUGCCCCGGCAGUCCACAUACGGAAGCAACAGAAACAUAUCGUGCGCAAUUAAAAUAGUACUUCUGCAGUCACUGGUGGCCGUGGCCAAGUCGAUUGACGUUGAAAACGCAAUUGAACACAUCGUACCACUGCUGUUGGACUCACUAACAGACUCAAUUCCAAACAUAAGGUUCGUAUGCGUAAAUUCACUGGCGAACCUUUUUGUAAUAUACAAAAACGAGAAGCCUGAACUGUUUCUUCAAGCAAAAUGCGCCCUGAUUAAACUGUGCCAGGACUCAGAUAUUGAUGUAAAGUAUUUUUCAAAGAAGGCUCUGGACACCUACGAAGAGUCGUUCAGAGACUCACUUGUUAUGUAG